CCGGGCCCUCCCUGCCUCUCCUCUCCCACCCCGGGUGAAAACUGCGGGCGCCGGGCUGGGUGCAGUAACUGGAGGCGGCGGCGUGUCGGGAGGAGGCUGCUGCAGCAGAGGACAGGCGCUCAGAUUCAGGACUGAGCUCCCGGCACCAUGAAUCCCACCAUCGGCAUCGCUCUUCUGCUGACAGGGGCACUGCUGGUGCCAGUCUUGCAGGUAGCCCAUGGGCAGAAGGUCACCAGCCUGACAGCCUGCCUGGUGGAUAAGAGCCUCCGUCUGGACUGCCGCCAUGACAAUACGACCACCUCGCCCGUGCAGUGUGAGUUCAGCCUGACCCGGGAGAAAAAGAAGCACGUGCUCUACGGCUCUGUGGGGGUGCCCGAGCACCUGUACCGCUCCCGGACCAGCUUUACCAACAAGCCCAACAUCAAGAUCCUCUACUUGUCUGACUUCACCACCAAGGAUGAGGGGAUAUACACAUGUGAGCUCCACCUCUCUGGCCAGCCUCCCACCACCUCCAGCAAGAAUGUCUCUGUGCUCAGAGACAAACUGGUCAAGUGUGAGGGCAUAAACCUGCUGGCCCAGAACACGCCCUGGCUCCUGCUGCUCCUGCUCUCACUGCCCCUCCUGCAGGCCAUGGAUUUCAUCUCCCUGUGACUCGCUGGGCCCGCGGAAGACACAGGAAGCCCUGGGGCCCAGCCAGAGAUCCUACUUCUCGGAGUCAGCUGAACCCCUACCCCCAAUCCCUCACAUAUCUCGGGAAGAAACGGGGACCCACCCCUCAAGGAACCCUAGUGCUGCAUGCUACUAUCUACCCCCUUGCUCCCUGCAGCCCUACCCCGUGCCACUCACACCCUCUCUGCACACCACUGGCUGUCUUUUUAUACUCUGUGUACCAGAGCUGCUUCUCUUCGGUUUAUUUAGAAUUUAUCUUUCCUUUUCUUUGGGAGUUUGUGAAAAGGGAAGCCAGAAUUGGGUAUCUGAUGGAGAGUGAGGGUAUGGGAGAGGUGGUAGGAUGGAGGUGGGGCUGGGUACUGGUCCUUGGAGCUGAGAGAGACCCAGAUGAGGAGGGGAUACGGGGUCUGUUUGGGCCUAGCACAUCCCUCGGCAGGCAGGGAUGGUGUCUGAGACCCGGAAAUGUGAAGACACUGCCGACAUAAUGGCCCAUCCCGUGAGGAGGGUGCUGAGCAUCUCCAGGAGUUUUCUCUGCCACAGUAGAAAGCCAGCCUCCUACCAAAGCAGAAGUCCUCUCGGGGCCUUGGGCCUAGGCUGGCCCAGUGAAAGUGCAGGUUCUGCUGGGGCAGGGGCAGUGCUAAUGGAGCAUUGGAGAGGGGUCCAUCGGCCCUCCCCACCUGAAGAAGCUAACUAUGGCAGCCUACUGACCCUCACUGCCCUCCAGCAGUUGAGAGGGUGGCAAAGGACAACAGCCCCCUCCAAGGCUGUCCCAAGCUCCUAAGAGCUUCGAACUGUGACCUGGAGGCGGGCAGUCAGGCCUGGUGGAGCCCCCAGGGCCAAGCAGAGUGUGGCCCAAGUGUUUCUCUGGAAGGUUCUUCAUUCCCUCCCCUGUCCGUGCCAGCCCCCGUCCCGUGGGUCUGCCUUCCCAGGGGCCUGUGGGGGGCCUGGGGCAGGCCAUGAGUGAGACCCAUCAAUGGGCUACACCUCGAGAGAUGGCUUUUCCCGACACCCAGCUCCCCACCCAGCAGCUGUGCCCUGUCCUGUGAACAUGUGUCAUGCCACCACAGCUUAUGGCAUCUCGUUGAGGAAAAAGAAAACUGCACAAUAAAACCGAGCCUUGGAAUCUG